CGCUUUGCAGUGUCUGCAUCAGCCCCACCAUCCCCCGUCCUUGGCUUGCUGUCGUUUAGAUUAAUCUGCGCCUCAUUGUAGGGCAAGCAGAAGGGUGACAAUGUCCCACGCCACCUUUAAGUAACGUGCGUGGAGGUCAUCCGGUGCACGCUUCGCUCAGGGCCUCUAUAGGAGCAAGCGUACUAGCAGCAAUAUUUCGAUGACCUCCGCAGGACAAGUCUAGCAUCCUCUCGACGCACAUAUGCACACACGUACAAUCACUCACUUACACACACACACACACACACACACACACACACACACACACACACACACACACACACACACACACACACACACGCACACACAGCCUUUUGACUUUUUCCAUGCUCCCCCAUCCAUUCCUUUUUUAAUGGAGGAUUAAGUGGACAUGAUAGUUACAUGAUAGUCAACUGGUAAGCAAACCCAUUGAAUAUAACUGAUUGCAGUAAAAGAUUAAUGUUUCCUGCAUUUAAUUGCACAUUUUGUUUUGUUGUAUUAAGUUAUGUAAUUCAUCAAUUGGCGGUAAUUAUGGUUUAUCUUUUCUACGUCAGUCUUAAAAUAUAUGUUGACAUCAGUUAUUUGGCAGUUACUUCGCCAGUCCUCAAAAUAGUCAACGACGUCUGAUAUGUCAUCAAUUGGCUUGUCAAAGCAAUGUUUGAGCCAUAGACUGGAUUUAUUAAUAUAGUUCUUACCCUUAAAGACUCAACGUGGCAUGCGUUGCCUAGCAACGCCGUGUCAACCUCCCUUUUCACAACACAAAACGUAACGUUACACCCUGGUUUCUUCUGGGCGGCUUUUCGUGUCAAUCGCGCAUUUUGAACUGGUUCUUUGGCUUGGGGUAAUAAGGAAGUGCCCAAUGGGAAAGAAGGGGAAGAAGGGGAGCGAAACUCCAUGCGCGGAAACGUUUGAGCCGCUUCCCUUUGAGGGCAAAACUCCAGCAACAAUAGUGCUGCUGCUGAGAUCUCCAGAGGAGGACAUCCUCGCCAAAGCUUGUGAAGCAAUCCACAUAUUUGCAGAAAAAGGAGACGAGAACCAGGUUUCUCUGCUGGGACUGGGGGCAUUGGAGCCUCUCUGUCAGCUUAUCACUCACACGAACCAGCUGGUCAGACGCAACGCCUCCAUGGCUUUGGGCAUCAUGGCCAACAAUGACGUAGUAAGGAUUGCUCUGAAAAAAAUAGAUGUCAUUCCAUCAAUCAUUGACAAACUGUCACCUGAAGAAGAUAUAGUUGUCCAUGAGUUUGCAACACUGUGCCUGGCCUCCCUGUCAGUGGAUUUUGUGUGUAAGGCCCAGAUCUUUGACAACAAGGGCCUGCCACCUCUGAUCCGGCUCCUAUCCAGUCCAGACCCCGAUGUCAUGAAGAACUCACUAGAGACCAUCUUUAACCUGGUUCAGGAUCACCAUAGUCGCAUGGCCGUGCAUGAGUUGGGAGGGAUCCCUCCACUCCUGGAUCUGUUGAAGUCAGACUUCCCCGUUAUUCAGCAAGUGGCUUUAAAAACACUGCAGAAUGUCACCAUUGAUCAAGAAUCAUGCCACACCUUGAGGGAAAAGCAAGGAUUUGAGAAGCUCAUGGAUAUCCUCAGUAAUACGGAAUUCAAAGACCUUCAUGCUGAAGCCCUACGGGUAGUUGUUAACUGUAUGAAUGACAGCGAGAGUUUACAAGUGAUCCACAAGAGUGGAGGAUUGAUGAGGCUGAUGGAGUUUGUUGUCACUCCCAAUAUGCCUGAAAUCCAGUCCAACGCUGUUAAAUGCAUCGCCAGGGUUGCUCAGAGCUCUGAGAAUCGCAAACUGCUCCAUGAGCAGAAUGUGGAGAAGGUUCUUGUAGAGCUUCUGUCUGUGGGGGACGUCAGUGUUAACACAGCUGCCUGCAAGGCUGUGUUCGCCAUGAGCUCCCACCUAGCCAGCAAGGACAGCUUUAGAGACCUGGGUGGUAUCCCAGAAGUGGUACGGUUGCUGAGCAAUGACAGUUUGGUUCUUAGAGAGGCAGCAACCCAGGCCCUCUCUAAGCUCACGCAUAGCAACCAGCUCAACGCAUUUGCGGUGUACGAGGCGGAAGGCCAUGAGAUUCUUGUCCAGCAGCUGUAUGGAAGCUGUCCCAGUACGGUGGCCAAUUCUGCUGCAACACUUGGCAACAUGGCAGGACAGGAGGUCAUCCGCUGCAGUGUCUUAUCCCACGGAGCCAUACGAGCUCUGGUGGAGCCCUUGAAGUCCAGAGAUACACAGGUCCUGGUGAAUGCCACGCUGUGCCUGGCAGUAUUAGCCUGCGAUAAAGAAGCUCGGGCAGAGCUACUACGUGCAGGAGGCCUUCACCCACUGGUCAAUUUGCUGCACACCAAUCAAAAGGAAGUGUUCCACAAUGUAUGCUUGGCUAUCAAUGCGUGUUCCAGUGAUGUGCCCGCCGCUGUGGAGAUGUGCAAAUUUGGUGCCUUGGAAAGGCUUCAACAAAUCAACCAAUCCGCGACUCACAGAAGCAGUUUCAGCAGGUUGGCCAUGAUGAGCCUGCUUAACUCCAAUUUGUCUGUCAAAUACAGCCUGACAGGUCAUUUGGCCCCCACUGACAUCAUUAGUGAUGGCUUCUAUGACACCGGGAAGGCCCCUGCAGGUCAGAGCAUUCUGACUUUAAAGGAACUGUCCGAGCAGCCUGUCAACGAGCAACGGCCCGUCAUUGUUGUCAACACUGCAAAAGCAGAGGCUCUGGAAGUCAGAGAAGUGAGGCACAGCAACCAAUCAGAAGCAGACACCAGCAGCAAGGCAGGCAGCAGAAUAACAAGGAAGAAGAAAGAGGAUGACAAACGGAAAGAAGAGAACCAGAAUGAGACUCCUCAAAGGAAACCAUGGAAGAUGAUGGAGGACGUAUCUUUACAGGUUCUACUUAAAGAGGCCAAAGAAUCUAUUAUCCCACUAAGUGAUGAACGAGAGCAGUGUGCUGCCUUGGCCAGGCUGGUGAGCGAAGCCAUGGGCGGAGCUGUGGAGAUGGAGAAGCUGCACGAAGUCCCAUGGCUGCUGCACCUCAGCGAGCUCAAGUUUCUGCUUCAGUCUAAUGUCGUUCCCAUUGGCUUGAUCAACAGAGGAAUCUACUGCCACAGGGCACUUCUCUUCAAGUGUCUGGCCGAUCGCAUCGGAAUGAGCUGCACACUUGUCAGGGGCGAGUACAACCGUGCUUGGAACGAGGUGCUCCUCUUCAAUGGGAAUCCCUCCAGGAAAGAGCACUCUUCAAAGGCCUGCCGCUACAUAGUAGACCUCAUGCACCAGCCCGGGAGCCUGCUGAAAGCCAGCACCCCUGCUGCUCUGCAAUACCAGACUUUAUAGAAGACUAUGCCAUGCCCACCCUGAUCAUUUUAAAUAAAUAAACAUAUAGACCAACGCUGAAGUGUACACAAUGCUGUGACCAGACCUUUUUAUCGAGACUUAUUAUAGAUGAAGAUUAGUAUUCACUGAAUGGGAAUCCUUGGCUAUCAUUCAGAGUGCCCGUGGAUUACCUCAUUGCACACAUAAGCAUAAGAAAAUCCUUUUGUGUCUUCCUCUCGAUGAAACACACAAAUGUUGACCUGGAUCUAUGACACAGAGGGUCUACAAUGUAUACCUGCAGAGAAAAGCCAGAAAAAAGUGUGCAGUAAUUGUUUUAUGUUGUUUGGAGGAUUAGCGCCCAAUAAAGUUCCUUGAAUAGA